AUGCCCAUCUACUUCGAUAACAAUGAGUAUGAGGCGCUUAUCGACACAGGAGCAUCAAGGUCGUUUAUUGACCGCUCAAUCGUGGACGAUGCUCGUAUCAAAGUCAUCAAUGCACAAGGAAAUGUAUAUCUAGGGCAUAAAGAGAUGCAUGUCGCACGUAUCGGAAGCACCGAAGACAUCGAAAUCGAGUGCAAUAACCAUUGCUUAACAUCAGCGUUUGAGGUGUUUGAUUUGCAGCACUCAUUUGUCAUUGGGAUGGAUUUAUUCCACAAACUUGGUUUCUCUAUGGGAGGUAUCUCCGACGGACGCGAGUCAGCCAAAGCCUGCCUCGACCAGUCGACGAUGAACGACCUUCCAUUUUGCCUCUAA